UAAUUUCCGCGGCUCGUCGCCCAACUCAUGUGCGUUUUCUGCAAACCGUUGUUCCCUGAAGAACACUGUGGCCUGUGCGCGCAGUCCAGUGUGACCAGACACGACCAUUGCGCUAGUUGCGCGAAGGUGCCCGGCACGUUCGCGCGUUUCGCGGCUGGACUCGUGAAUUUGCGCCCCGUCUGCGCGAAAAAGCGUUUCUUUGAGUGGAAAGAGGCUUGUUUUUUGUGUUGGCCCGUGCGAGGUCGCAGAUUUGACUCAGAACCCACGGGAGCGUCGCGCGCCGUUCGGGUGUAUGGACACCUCGCGACCAGGCGCGCGCGUGGCGACAGGCCAGUGCAUGAGUGUCACUUUUGCGACAUUUUGGAUUUUGUCGGCGUUUUUUCGUUUCUCUCCGUCCGCUCGCUUUUUUCGUGUCUUUGAGUCCCGCAAACUCCACCGAACUCCUCCGGCCGCGCCCUUGCUUCUCGCGUCCUGAAAAUGCGGCCGCUGGUCCGUGGCGGGACUGGACGGGGUCCUGGCCUCCCGGCUUCUUCCCGCCGUCAGACGACUGCGGAAGAGUCGCUUGCGUCCCCCUCGUCCGACGCCGGGCACUCCACGCGAUCCGCUGCUUCGACGUCUUCCACCUCUUCUCGGUCGACUUCAGCGCCUUCUGCGCCGGGUUCCCCGUCUGCAGCCGCUUCCCCGUCUGCGCCUGCAUCCCCGUGUGCAUCCCCGUCUCGGUCUUACCACGCAUCCUCGCGCGCCCCCAACGUUUCUAGAAGAGGCGAGAUGCUUGCUUCGCCUCGUCCCGUGGGCGCGGCUCUGCAGAAUUCCCUGCAGGCCGGCGAGACAGGCGAGUUCGAUUCGCGUUUCGGUGCGGAGCGUCCGUUCCCAGGCAGUGACUGGGAUGCCUCGCGCACGCUGCAGCUGCCCGCCAGAGAGGACUUGGUCUCUUUGCGGACGACACUGCGGCGAGGCCCGCCUGCGGGUACCCAUCUCACUCCCCAACCUCUCGACGACGACGAGUUCACGCCCAGAGACCCCCUCGAAGGCAGGCAGAAUGGACCUCUCAACCGGGUCUACAUGCGCCGACAGAAGGACGGCGCAGUCUUUCUCUACGUCUCUGCGCAAAUGGAUCAACACCUUCUUCGCGCCUUCAGCAACUACUCUUUCAACGGCUACAUGACUGUCCAGAAAUGGGUGCAGCUGUGCAUCGAUGCGGAGCUGUAUCCGCGCAACAAAGAUCCGGACCUCCUGAGACACAUUUUUCGGGGACUCGCCCACGACGGGAUGGUCAUCGAGUUCUGCAACUUCCUUCGCCUUCUCCUCAGACUCGCGCGGUACAAGUUCCGCAUGGUUCGCAACAUGUCAGAUGAAGAUGCCCUGAACGCGCUGCUGGUCCACCUCUUCUGCUUUCCUCGUCUGUUUCUGUCGGGAGCGCGCCUGCAAGACUGCGGGGUGCAGGCAGGUUCGACCUAUCAGGACGCAUGCGUCGGACCGACGAUUUUGAGCAAGGAACAGGGAGUCCUUGCCAUUCCGACCUGCAGUGUCUCCGCAGCCCAGACCUUCAUUCCGACGGAGGAUAAAGAGGUCACGAUCGAGCCUGCUGUCACCACUGCAGAGACUAUGACCCUCCCCGUGGAACUCUUGACCGCGGGCACACAAACAGAGAAAGAAGAGGAACCAGCGAAACCGCCGCAGCCCAAGUCGGAACUGGUUUCUCGGGACACCAUGACGGACGAUGUGGGGAAGCCUUGCGUCGUUUUCUUGGAAAGGCAAAACCCACAGAUAGAAGAGUGCAUCGCCCUCGAGGGCAAGGACGACAGCGAGCUGUACACGGUUUUUUGCAGCUGCAGCGAGUACAACUCCGAGACAUUUCAGAACUUGAUAACCGAACGCGCCUGCGCAGUUCUCUGCAAGGACUCGGGCAUCAUGGAGGUUCUUUGCCACCCCAAGUCUGCGAGCGUCUCUCCGCAACAAGCGCGCGUCAUCUACCGAGAAGUGAUUGCCUCGCGCUCUCGUAGGACUUGGCGUCCAGGCUCUGCAGGCAAAGGCUCCAGCUCCAAUGAGGAUCGCAGCGGAGGAGUCUGGACUUCUGGAGACGCGAGAGAAGGCGUCGCCGACGGCAAAGAUCCUGCCCAGGCCGUCCUUGAGGCCCUAGAAAAUGCAGAAGACUUCAGGCUCUCGUACCCAGAAUUCAAACUGCUUCUCUACAAGUUCAGUCGCGUCAUGUACGAGCACUUGAAGCCGCGUACUGGCUUCUUGAGGAUCGUGAGAGACAAAGUCCUUCGGAACUUCUUUGCACGGAGCAAGACCGCCUUUGGCAAGCCUUCGCAGGGUGAACAUACAAACCAGCGAGAGGCUUCCGACGGGAAGCGCGGCUUCGGCUACGACAUCGAUGACGACUCAGCGUCCGUCGCCGCCAGCGGGAGUCCACCUGGCGCGGGUGGGACUGGCGGCCUGCUCUCGCAAGCGAGCACGAGGAGACCCUCCAAGGCCUUCGACGCGACCGACGACGAGGAAACAAAUGCAUGCUACACAUCGCGCACCCACCGUGGAGAUCCUUCUCCGCGAGGCAGAGAAAGCGACCGGUACAGUCGCGCGAACGACGUCGCAGAAAGGGCAUUCCUAUCCACCCCCCAGGCUGCACAGUUCGGACCCAAUCCCUACGGAUUCCUCCCCUACUACAUGACGCCAACCAUGUAUCCCUCCUCCUACAGUCCUGCAGGAGUGAUGCCCACGUUCCCUGGGGGCCUCUAGGAGGCGCGGCGCAGAGGUUUUUCAACACCAAAGGAACCGCAGAACCUCCCGCGACUGUCGGAUGUCUCAUGUCUCCCGGGAGACACGCAGAUACGCCCGACUGUAGGGUAGCUGAGGAGCAAAAAGAACAUGCGUUUUCUUCAGUUGCUUGUCUGCGUUUUCCUACUCUCGCGAGUGCAAACGAACUUCUGCCCGAGACUCUUUUGAGAACCAAGGACCUCACGACUGCGCGGGUCCUUUGCGUUUUGUGCGAAGCUCACACAGUUAGAGAUGGCCGUUUCCAGCCAGUGAAUCCUCAGGCGGAGAAACGGCCUGUAAAAAUGGCGAAAAUACAGUUUAUGUGGAUUUUCAAAACGGCGAAAAAACGCGUUAUCUGACUUGUCUGUGGACGGUGCGGAGGUGCGGAAGCGAGUUGAGAAUCACUUGAGUUCUGCCUCUCCACCGUGGAAAUCAAACGACUCACAAAACUCUGAGGCAGAUCGUCUUGACUCUUCUCAGCCUCGGAGUGGAUGAGCUACUCGACAUCAGCUCCGUGCUCUCUUGCAAAAGAGAAACAGCGAGGAACGUCGGUCCAAGACUAUCCGCUGGAAUCUGCAAGCUUAAAACCGUUUAGCGGGAGCAGUUGCCUGCCUCCCGUCAAGCAAAAGUGGACAGAGAUUCAGAAACUCGCGUUCUCAGGGUUCAC